AGUGCAAUCAGUGUACAGACCUUACCCGCAGUUAACGCCUGUAACUCCUCAUGCAUAAACUCUCCUUCAAUUAGUAGUACAACUAUAGUCUUAACAAUUAAUGAUAUAACUACAGCCCCAUAUUAUUGCUAUACUUCAGUCAUGAUCUCGCCCUGGCAGAGCAAGACUACUACAGUCAGUAAUGCCACUCCAUCAGUUUCAGUAACUCCAUCAAUCAGUGAUACAUCAGAUAGUGUUAUUGCUCUUGGUGUGUCAGUAGGCGUAUUGUUGAUUCUAACAACUGCCAGUGUUAUUACUAAUAUCUACUGCUUUAUAAAGUAUUGUAAACAUUCUGUUGACAGAAAUAAAAAUGAAAGGAUAAAAAAUUCUUUUUCAGCUACAAAGCAAACAAAAACUGAAUACGAUAUUGCAUUGCAAGUAUGUGAAUCAUAUGAACUUCAUAAGACUAAACUAAAGGAAAAGAGUGACGAAGAUAUUGCAAUGCAAGUAUGUGAACCAUAUGAACUUUGCAAGGCUAAAAUAGGUGAAGUGGUUGAGGAAGUUUAUGCUGAAUGUGAAGCAUUGUCUAACAGUGCUCAUAAAGAGUACAUUUGAACUGCUUUAAAAAACAAAAAAUAUAGAUAAUUCAAAAUGUUAUUUUUCAUUUGUAGUUUCAUUGCUAUAGCUGUUUUACUAUUUUAUUUUUUGUAGCAAUUAUGUUACAUGUAUGGGUAUUUGUUUAUCAAAGUAGUUACACAAAA